AUGGCUCAUCAAAGAAACAAGUCUCGACCAACUGCACCUACUUCAGAAUCACCUGCUGUUACUACUUCUGCAAAGACAAUUCGUCAAGGAACUAACUUUAGACAAACUACACCGGCCACUUCUAGUAAGCAAAAUAAAGAAAGAGACUUUAGCCAAAUCCGAUUGAUGCCAAACAUAUGUCUGCCUACGAGUUUGCAUUUACCUCCUAUUAAAGAAAAAAGUACUUCAAGUUUAUCAAACAGAAAUGUUGACGAUACAGUUGUUCAGUUACAGGCACGAAUUUUUGAAUUACAAAAGGACAACCAGAAGUUACAAAGUCAAAAUGCAGCACUUUCCGGAGAGUUGGACAAACUGCAUCAGGAAAACAAAGCUUUAAUUUUUAUUAAUGGAAAAUUCAGAAAGGAACAGGAUAAAUUGUAUGAAGAACUUAAACGAAACAGAUCCUUUCGAUUGCCAAGGACUUUGCAGUCGACUGCUAGGACAGUUGAAAAAAGCGAAACAUCUCCUAUGGGCGAAAUCCAAGAUUAUGAAAAUGAUGAUAAAUAUAGAGAUUAUUAUGAUGGUGAUCCGUAUGGGAAAUAUGAAGAAAACUACUAG